AUGUCAACGCAAUGCCCGAGAGAGAAGAAGAAAAUUGGCCCCGCCGAUAAACGGAGACAAACGAAGCGUUGCGGCUCAUGCUCUGCACGCCGGAUCAAAUGUGAGGGCGGCUUCCCAUGCACGCAUUGCAUCAAGAAGGGAAACGUAUGCACACCACCUAAGCAAACUACCGGCACACUGCUAUUUGUGGAAGGGCAUGUUUCUGGAGUGACCAAAUACCGCCCAACAACGUUGAAUACGCGUAGCUCCGAAUGGACUACGAGUAUAGUGUCAAGCAGCCCAACCGACGGGGACCCCACCGUUCGUUUCAUUGGUUGCUUCCUUCUCUUCAUCCAGCAGAACCAGUUUACUCCAGGCCUCCAGAGCCUUGAUACAGAGAUAUUGCAACUUGUGCGCACCUCUCCAGUCCUCCACCACUCGGCCGUUGCCAUCGGAGCUCUGGACGCCAGUCGCCAAGGCUCUGUCAGCGUGUCUAGUGGGCAAGAUUCCCCGCAGUAUGUGGCUUUCAACUCUUACCUUGCAUCAAUCCGUGCUCUUCAGGCGAGCGUUUCGGACAAGGAUGCCGCUCAAGGAGAUGAUGUGCUCUGGGGUACCUUCUUUCUAGGUCUUUUUGAGCUCCUCUCAGACUCAUCCGGUGAUGGAUGGGUCAAACACAUGCUCUAUGGCACCUCCAUGCUUCUCCAACUGUCCAGUCCAGAUAAGAACAUGUCGUCACUCCGGCGAACCUUCUAUGGGAUUUUCCGCAUGCUCGAAGCUAGCAGGGCACUCUUGUACGGAGAGGCUACGAUACUGGCAGACAGCACUUGGGAGAACUUCCACAGGGAACUCGUAUCUGAUGAUGAAAGCUGGGACCCGAUUGAAGGGAUUCUUGCUCUCAUGAUCCACUGCUCGACGUUCAGUCUUCGGGCGCAUCAGGUCGUUUUCCAGUUACCUGAAGCACAGCGAUACACCGACCCAGCUGUUUCGGCCCUCGGUCUCGAAGGUCUCACGAUCCAAAAUGCUAUCUACGCAUGGCACGCGCAAGCACUGUCUCUUCUGAGCACUAGCGACAGCUCCCCACUACUCCUCGCUCUCGCGUACUACAACGCACUCCUUAUAUUUCUCUCCGGAAAUUUCGACUACUUCCCGUACUGGACCGGCCUUAGCGCACCUAUUCUGUCAAGGCCUGAAAUAAUGGGACAUGUGGCAUCGAUACUACAGCUGACAGAUGUGGCGCUGAGGACGUCAAGACUCGCAGGUGCGCUGAUGUUUUUUCCGCUCCGAGUGGCGGGGUCACGCGCUGGUGGGGGAGAACAGAGGGGGAAGAUACUAGAGAUGCUUUCGAGGGUAGCGCAGAAGGGGUUUGUAGUUGCAGGGAGGAUUAGAGAUGAUCUGCGGGAAGUCUGGGAUGAGAGAGGGAUGUUUGCUAAUGGCGAGGGAUGCGUAGUAGACGCAUCUUAA